AUGCACCGUGAGACUGAAGAUGGUCGGGGGAUGGGAUCCCCUCGGGAGACACCGAUGAGGGAGGACCUUCAGGAGCGGGAGGCGGAGAGGGAGUCGGGCGCAGUUGCGGUUGAGGCGUCGGCUGGGGAGUCCCUCGAGGCUGCUGGUGAUUCCGCCGCUGUCGCUGCAUAUCCACAUGGUGACCAGGGCGAGGCGGGCGAUGGGGCUGGCACUGGGUUCGCCGGAACGCCUGCUGCUGCCGUGGCCUCAGAAAGGCCUGAGUGCGACCAGGGGGAGAAUGGUACACCGAUCCGCGGGACCCCUGGCGGCGGGAACGCUCCCCGCGGGAGGAGCAGUUCACGCAGAGUGCGUCAAGGAGACCCACUGGGGCCGCUCCUCUUUGCAGCCGCGAUACAGCCGACCCUGCUAGGCACGGCGAUGCUCCAACCAGAGGUGGCGGUGGUAGCAUACGCCGAUGACAUCACCAUAGUGGGACCACGAGGCGCGGCCCUGGAGGCUUUCGAGACUAUCACCAGGGGACUCGCCACGGUUGGCCUCCGUUGCAACAUCAGCAAAUCGUCGGUGUGGUGUCUGUCAGGAGAUGAGGGGGCCAAGGCAGCAGCACAAGUGGGACUACGGCGUAGCGCUGAGGGAAUCAAGCCAAAGGGGGCACCCACGGCUGCAAGCGAGCUCGCGAUGCGGCGGCCGAUGCAGCGGGAGCAUGAUGAGGAGGAACAGCAGCCCGAGGAGGAGUCGGCGCGAUCACUGGAGGUGCAGCCGGAGGAGUUGCUGCAGGAGCCAGAGCAACGUGCUGCGAGCUACUCAGGCUCGUUUGCCCAGCCAACUCUUCGCGAAUCGUGGUCGUUACAACCCGCUGCACAUCAGCGAGCGCCAGCGGCUGCACAAACGGACCCCCAUAAUCGCAACCACGACCGCCCCUCCACCCACUGCGACCGCCUCGGUGCGUCGGCCAGCUCGUCUGUGUCAGGCGACGCCGGGAAGAAUCAUGUCGCCGCCUCGACUUCUCUCGCUCCUCACGCGGCGCAUGGGAGUGGGGCCGAUGCUGCCGGCGGCCAGGAGACGGCAGAGAAGCAAGCAGCAGCAGUCGAUGCAGGAGCCGACGGCGCAACGGCACCCCCCGCCUCCCUGGGGCCCGGGCCGCCAGUGUUGGCGGACACCGCCUGCGGCGACGAACCAACGGCAGGGAUCGGCGCAGUAGGAGCAACAGCGGCAAGCGGUGCAGCAGGGACCGCGGGGACAGACGGCGCAACAACUAGAGCAGGGGGUUCCAGGGCAGCUCCAGGAGCAGGGGGGACACGCUCCGGGCACAGAGGGGCAGGCGAAGCAACGAGGGGAGCAGCCGGAGCGUCCAUCGCCUCAGGGCCCUCAAGAGAACCAGACGGCAUAACGAAAACCCCGGGUGUGAGGGGACGAGGGAUUCCAGAGGAUGUUGUCGCGGCCUUCGGAACCGGAGGCACUGGAGGCCUCGUCGCCAUGGUCACCUUUUCGCCCUACGACAGGGGCCUGGCGUCCACAGCCGACACAGUGAGAGCGCGCAUUGGCGACAGCACAGACGCACUGGCAAUCACCAUCUCGGGGGAGGGGAGGUCGUGGCAUCGGAAGACAGGCAGCUAG